AUGUGGACACUGGCCUCGCUGCUGCCCGCUCAUUCCCGGGACCUGGUCGGGCCGCUCUACCAGCAAACUAAGCAGAUGCUGGAAGAUCUGAGCGUCGAAGCCGAUGAGCAUAGCAGCGUCAGUACCGCACUGGCCCAGGCAUGGGUCCUGGUCUGCGGAGACUUUAUCGAGGUGGAGGAGAGGCGCCGAGUGUUUUGGAUGACCUAUUUCCUAGACCAUGUCAUCACCAUGCGUGAUGACUGGCCGAUUACCUUGAAUGAACAUGUGAUCGGCACCCGACUUCCCGCUCCAGACGCCGGGUUCCAAAGCGGGAGCCACGGACUGGGACCGUUCUUGUCAGAAGCCAUGACGGAAGCCAUGACGGAACCCACCCUCAAAGUGCGGUCCUCGUUUAACGAGUGUCUUAUCCUGGCCACCAUCUGUGGCCGUAGUCUUCUGCAAAGUCAACGGUAUCAUAUCUCGAAAGCCUAUGGGGACAUGACCAUGGACUGGACGGAGCAACGCCGGUGGCUGGAUAGCAUCCUCACGAACCGACUCCAAGUCUUGUCGCAGUGCUACUCAGCAUCCACAGAAUCUAACGACUCCCUUCUGUUAUUCGCCAACAUUCUCGGCCAGGAGACGGUGAUCUACUUCUGCAAAGCGAUGACCGACACGGCCGCGGGGCUGGGCUGGAUGGCCCUCUCAAUGGGAAUCCCGACUUCCACCCUACGGGAGCUGCCAUUUUCGAGGGCCCACCCAUUGACACCGAUCCCACUCUUUCUCUGUGCCGAAUUCCUAUACAACGACAUGCACAACGAGUCUUUUCAGCCGCGAUUGCAGGAGCUCUUCCACGUUCUUCGCGAGCUGAAGAACGUCAACAACCCCAAGCAGAGCUAUCUGGAUCUGCUUCCACGUUCCUGCAUCUCUAAAACCGCAGAGCUAUUCAGUCAUAGUAAUCAGACCACACUGAACCGAUCCGCCGGGUUCUUGUUCACCACCCAGUGGAUGCUGCUCUUGUACAGCCCGUCGGUGAUCCGAUUGAUGAUAUCCAAGACCACCACAACUUCCAAGGUGGACCAGACUACCUCUACUUCUACCUCUACGGAGGCCACCCAGCCUCCUAGCAGCACUACUCCUGCCAACGACCACGAGCCUACCCAGCCUGGUUUGGCCGAUAAUUGUGACAAAUUUCACUUCGUGGUUGAUGGUGACAGCUGUGAAAAAAUUCAGAAAGAUGCUAGCAUCAGCCAAGCGCAGUUCUCCAAGUGGAACCCUUAUAUCAAUGACAAAUGUUCUAACCUUUGGCUGGACUACUACGUCUGCACCCACGUUCCCGGCGCCGAGACCGUUGUCUCUAGGGACCAGUGUGACACCAUUGAGGCCAACAACCAGAUCACCGACAAGCAAUUCCGCAGCUGGAACCCUGCUAUUGAUGACAAGUGCUCCAACCUGGUUCUCGAUCUCUUCGUCUGUGUCCAUGUUCCUAAUGCUUCUAGCACCCAUGGACCUACGCCGCAGAUGCCCAGCCUCGAUCAGAACUGCAAGAAGUACCACAAUGUUGGUGAUGACGAGGGCUGUUAUCAAAUCAACCAGGAUGCUGGCAUUACCCUCAGCCAGUCCGCAAGUGGAACCCCACUGUUGAUGCCCAGUGUAGCAACCUCUGGGCUGGUUAUUAUGUCUGCACUGGUGUAUAAGCGGUCUCUGUAA